AUGGCCGCAGACUGCACCCGCGAAGGUCUCCUCUCCGCCGCACAGUCCUACAUCGCCGCGCAAACCGCCGGCAAAUACACCGACCUCAAGCUCUCAACCUCCAACUUCACCUACCGCCAAAACAACAAAGUCUCCGACAUUUCCAAAGGCGUGCUUGCAACCGCCUACAAGAUGGACCUCAGCCGCUCCACCGCCGAUCCCCUGGAAUGCGCAAGCUACACCAUGUGGAUCAGCAGCGCUGGCAGCAAGCCGUACGUUGUGGGAACGCAGCUCCGACACGCCGACAACGACACUUCGACUAUCAGCAUGAUCGAUACUAUCGCUGCCACAACCGGAGAUCUGUUCUUCGACGCGAAGAAAACACUCGGAUAUAUCCAGAAAGAGGACUGGAGCACCAUCAACGCCACCGCCUCGCGCCCCUCCCGCGAGCUACUGAAGAAAGUCGGCGAUGCGUACCUCGACAUGUGGACCGACGCAAAAGCCGCCGAUAGUAUUCCUUGGGGCACGGAGUGUGAGAGGGUGGAAGGGAGCCAGUACACCAACCCCUGCGGGAAGGCAUUGCCCCACGGUGGCAGCGCUAAGAACAACGGGAUGAGACGAUACGUCAUUGAUGAGUCGGUCGGAAGUGUGGAAGUCAUGUGUUCGUUUGAUAGCUUGGGGAACUUGCCGGAUACGCAUGAGAUUAGGGUGAUUGAUGGGAAGGUGAAGUAUGUGCACACGAUCACUGUGAUGAAGACGUGA